UUUUUACUGAUUACGUUGAAAUACUUUGAUGUAUUCUCUCCAUGGGGUUGACCCACAGAGCAAGGUUUAGUGCGACGGCUAGUUCUUUAUCACGACACCUUUGUAUUCAUCUUAAACCAAUUAGCAGGCCGUUAGCAGUUUCGCGUAUGCUACACCAUCAACUGAAAAACUACCAGCAAAAUGUAACGUAUAUUUUCUAAACUAAAACCCCAGUGUAUUAAAAAAAAAGACCAUCAGAUUACACGUGCGGUUAUUUACUACAUAACUGCGUGCACGAGAGGAAUGAGCUAGGCUAUUAGGCUAGCAAGUUAGCUUUACAACCGUACAAAACUGCAUUAGCAAAUCAUUUAAGUUUAGCCGAUACGCCUUCUCAUUCGGUUUCCCACCGCCACUUGAGUACAUAUUUCUUCCAACUAUCAACUACGGGUCAUUCCGUUUGUUCGGCGUGUAUUUGUUAACCAAAAUGCUAUUUUUACUGAGAUGCUUUACAUGUCACCUACAAGUUACAGCUACUCUAAUCCUCGCUUAAGGCGUUAAUAAAACCCACUAUUGCAUAUGUUAUUCAGUCCAACGAUUGUCUUUAACGACAAUUGUAAAAGGAAAUGCAGAAUUAUGACGUGAAACGUCGUGGAACAUUCUACCCACAAGGGAAGUACAACACGGUAGCUAACGCUAAUCCAAGCAAGCUAACGUCACUGACGUUGCUGCUAGCACAUAUCAUUCUUACCUGCCGUCUGCGAGGCAUGUUGAGUUAAGAUGAUUCGCACGGAAACAGAAAAUACUAUAUUUUCUUAUUUUUAAAACAAGUACUUCAAAUAAUCUGACCCAGAUGGAAGUUACAUGUAAAUAGUGUAGUCUGGAUGUGGCGCCACAUCGCCCGUACGGGUAUUGCUAUCAUUACCCGGCCAGGAGGGGGCACUAGACCACACACAACCGACUUCUUUGCGUCUUCCUCGUGUGCAAUGGCGUCCAUUCCAAACUUUGCAAUGAACAAGCCCAAAAUUGUUAGACCAGAGGAAAGCCAGCCUGCACACGCCGUGUGGUUUGAUAGGAAAAAAUAUGUCACCAUUAACUUCAGGGUUCAAAAACCCAAAAAUGUCCAAGUUGACAUCCAAACCGACAAAAUGAUCUUGUGCUGCAAGAACGACACUGAUGAUGUGUUCUACAACGAGCUGCACUUUUAUGACAAAGUCCAAAUCCAUGAUUCCAGAGAAAGAGUGUAUGACCGCACCAUCAAUGUUUUGCUCAGGAAGCUCAAGCCGGAUUAUGCGUGGCCCCGUCUUCAAAAGGAUCCAGCAAAGCCGAGUUGGAUUGCAGUUGACUUUGACAACUGGAGGGAUUGGGAGCACGAAGAAGAUGAGGGACGGGAGGAGUAUGAAAAAUACGUGGAUAUGAUCCAAGAGAUGUCCACCAGUAAUAAGGGAGCAACACCAGACAUGGGGGAUCUUAGUGAUUCUGACUGAGGCUGAACACCACCACCCUUCACCUCGACUGUUCACAGACACAAGACUGCUGCUUGAUAUUUUUUAUAUAAAUGUGACCCCCCCCCCUUCCCUGUAUGGUUAUUUAUUCAAUU